AUGAGUUACCGCCGUCUCCUCUCGGGCGAAUUUUCAGAUGAAAAGUCAGGUCACUUGAACAAUCAGUCAACCUUCAUUGCCCAUGUGCUUCUGCAUCCUAUUACCAAGAUCACUAUUCUCCUUGUGAUUUUGAUUCUGAGCUUGUUCAAUCUGCCUAUUUCAAUCAUACAACUCGAUUCAAGGUCGUGUGUAUCGAAGGCUAGCACCGAAGACACAGUCCCCACAAUAUUCACACAAGACAAACAGUUCCAGUCGCUCGAUCAUUCAUUUGAUCAUCUAUGGUCAGAGCUAUCAAUGAACAAGACCACAGCUGGCCUGAUCUAUACCGGGAAGAAAGGAAACAGGAAGGAGCAAGGAGGUAUCAGCAUGUUCCAUCAGUUACACUGCCUUACAAUGAUGCGCCAAGCCCUCCAAUCUGCGAGUGAGGGUGAAGAUAUCGGUAAAGAUUGGCAUGACGAUGGUCACUGGCCGCACUGCAUGGAUUACUUGGCCAAGAUGAUUCUAUGUUUUGCUGAUGGGUCGAUUGAGAAACCGAUACAGGGGGAAGAAGGCAUUGAAUUCAUAGAUGGAUCCAAUGUUGUUAGGCAGUGUAGACCCGCACAGCCACUGU